AUGAGGCCAUCCUUCCUGGUGUGGUCACUUUUGUCGGUUUUGGCCGUCCCAAGUCUGGCCGCUUCCCCCGAAGACAAGACCCGUCUUUUUAAGAGAGAUGACACGGCUGCGUCUAAAGGGAAGCCUGGGACAUCAGAUUCAGAGUCUUUCUCUACGGUCUUCAAUGGUAUCGAAGUUCCUCCCAUGAAAGAGCUCACCCCGGAUAACUUCGAAUCCGUCACCAAGGAUGGAUACUGGUUUGUCAAGCACUAUUCUCCGUCAUGCCCUCAUUGCACUAAAAUAGCUCCGGCGUGGCAGACGCUGUAUGAAUUCUAUUACACGUCAGAUCCAUUAUCGUCAUCCUCCUCCAAGCCACCUGAUAUGCAGUCCCUUAAUUCAUUCCACGGAUACUACGACUUUCACUUUGCGUCCAUAAACUGCAUGGCUUACUAUGACUUCUGCAAUAAGCUAGAGGUUAAAAGCGUCCCAACUUUCAUACUCUACCACAACGGGCAAUCUCCGGAAGUAUUCGCUGGAAAGAGAUCAAUGGAAGGCCUCAGUGAGUUUAUCGAAGAGAAGCUAGAAUUAAUCCGACCCGGAUCUCGGCCUGCGAAAGGCAUUAAGCUUCCAAAGCCUGGUGCCACGUCAGUGGACACGAAGGCAGAACCGGACACACCGGCUGCAAAGGAUAAGGAUCCUGAAGCAGGUGCCAGAGCCGGUGAAAAGCACAACGAGCAGGUGGCACAGUUGGCGACUCAAACGUCUGCUGCUGCUGUCCCGACUAAAGCGCCUGUUCGGAAUCCCCAGGGUGUCUCCGUUCCCCUCAGUGCCGAAAGCUUCCAAAGGCUUGUUACUACCACUCGGGAACCUUGGUUCAUUAAGUUCUACGUUCCCUGGUGUCCUCAUUGCCAGGCUAUGGCUCCCAAUUGGCAUCAGAUGGCAAGAGAGAUGAAAGGCAUUCUCAAUGUUGGAGAAGUCAACUGCGACGUUGAAUCGAGGCUUUGCAAAGACGCCCGUAUCUCUGGAUACCCGACAAUGUACUUCUUCCGCGGUGGUGAGAGAGUCGAAUACGAUGGUCUACGUGGCCUUGGUGACCUGAUCACCUAUGCCAAAAAAGCCGUUGAAGUAGGAUCCGGUGUUCAGGAUGUCGACGCUGCCACAUUUAAAGAGUUGGAAGAGAAGGAGGAAGUGAUCUUCCUGUACUUCUACGAUCAUGCCACCACCUCCGAGGAUUUUGAGGCUUUAGAGCGUUUGACUCUCAGCCUAGUUGGUCACGCGAGGCUCGUGAAGUCGGACAGCGCGGCUCUUGCAGAACGAUUCAACAUCCACACAUGGCCUCGCCUGCUUGUUGUAAGGGAUAGCCGCCCGACUUUCUAUGACGUGCUUGCGCCCAAGGACAUGCGGGAUAUCCGACAGAUGUUGAAUUGGAUGCGAUCCGUGUGGCUUCCUAUUGUGCCUGAACUUACAGCGUCCAAUGCGCGUGAAAUCAUGGAUGGCAAGUACGUGGUGCUUGGUAUCUUAACGCGAAGGCGUGCAGAUGAUUUCGCUCAGUCUAAGCGGGAGCUGAAGAAUGCCGCACUUGAAUGGAUGGACAAGCAGCACCAGCUUUUCAGAUUGGAAAGACAGGAACUCCGGGAUGCUAAGCAGCUGCGCAUCGAGGAGGCUGAAGACCGUGAUGAUCAGCGUGCAUUACGGGCGGCUAAGAACAUGCGAAUUACCAUUAGCGAGGACGAUAAGAAGCAAGUUGCGUUUGCGUGGGUCGAUGGGGACUUUUGGGAGCGUUGGUUGCGGACUACGUAUGGAAUUGAUGUGGAGAAUGGGGAACGCGUUAUCAUCAACGAUGAAGAUAAUCGACGUUAUUGGGACACUGCUUCGAGUGGCUCCAGCAUUAUGGCCUCCCGUACUUCGAUCCUGGAGACGAUCCCUCUUGUUAUUGCCAACCCUCCAAAGCUAAAGCCGAAGUCUACCAUUGGCCGCUUCGAGUCUGCAUUAUUCUUUGGUCGCAGCUUCUUCAUCACCCACCCCUUCCUCUCCUUGACACUGUUGACAAUCACUGUCGCUGUGGCUGCAUUUGUCGGCCGUCGACGGAUACUCAGGCGCGGGACCUAUUCACACGGCGGUAUCCUGGGAAAUGCAAACGGCGGUGGUUUCUUUAAUUUAGACAACAAGGAAGGCCUACUUGGUGGAAGCCUGACCGGGGGGAAGGUCGAUUGA